ACACAUAUUGAAAAUGCACGUGGUUCUUGUUGUGUUUUAUUUUGAAAAACCCACACACCGGAAACAUCUCUAGCUUGACGGUGAGGAUGGGAUCCGAGCGGAGCGGAGCAGUGAUUGUGAAACAGCGGCAGGCUGCUGUUCUGUCGCCUGUCCCUGUGGGCUUGGGGAGAUUUAUUUUUUAACUUUUUAUAUCUGUUAUUUUAAAUCACCUGCGGACGUCAGGGAUCUUUAUUUUUUUUACAUCAGGUGCAACCUCAGAGGAAUUUACCAUGAGCAUCACCGGGCCGGAGAGCUGAACAGUCCCGGGUCUGAAGGAGGGAAAGAAGAUGCCUCAUGGACCGCUCCAUCACCACCAGUGCGCCACUUCAGGGCAUCCCGACCGCCGAAUAACAAAGAAAUGCCGAGGUUUAGUGUUACAUGGAUGGUGGCGGUGCUGUUGAUUGUGGUGGUCGGCGGUGCUUUCUUCUUCUGCGAGUAUCUCAUCUACUUCCCCACCAUCCUCAAGUGCAACUGGCCGGAGAUCAGCCAUGCAAGGGCCGGCGGAGAGGGCAUCGACAGCCGGUCAACGGACUCCACGGUCCGGGCUAUGGUGUUGUCGGACACCCAUCUCCUGGGAGCCGUGGGGGGACACUGGUUCGACAAGCUGAGGAGGGAAUGGCAGAUGGAGAGGGCUUUCCAAACCGCUCUGUGGCUUCUCAGGCCUGAAAUAGUGUUUAUUCUCGGGGAUAUCUUCGACGAAGGCAAGUGGAGCUCACAGAAGCACUGGGAGGACGACGUGCGCCGCUUUCACAGGAUGUUCAGGCACACCACGGACACAGAACUGGUCGUACUGGUUGGAAACCACGACAUCGGUUUCCAUUAUGAGAUGGACUGGUUCAAGCUGCAGCGCUUCGAGAAGGUCUUCAACGCUUCCUCCACACGGGUCGUCACCAAAAAGGGCAUCAAUUUUCUGCUGGUGAACAGUGUGGCCCUGCACGGUGACGGAUGUCCCAUCUGCCAGUCUGUGGAGAAGGAGCUGAUCAAACUCUCCAGAGACCUCAACUGCUCCCUCCAGAACUCGCAGACAGGCAGCACGGUGAUGGACAGCUGUGAGGGCUCGCAGCUCUAUCCUCCAACGCCCCCCAUCAUGCUGCAGCACUAUCCUCUGUACAGAGUGAGCGACGCCAGCUGCACAGGUCAGGAUGCUGCACCGCCUGAAGAGCGACACCUGCUGUUCAGAGAAAAGUAUGACGUGCUGUCAAAGGAGGCCUCACAGAGGCUGCUGCAGUGGUUUAGGCCCCGCCUCAUUCUGAGUGGACACACCCACAGCGGAUGUGAGGUUCUCCAUGACAACAAGUACCCGGAGAUCAGCGUGCCGUCCUUCAGCUGGAGGAACAGAAACAACCCCAGCUUCAUCCUGGCGUCGGUGUCCCCCAGCAGCUACUCUCUCUCCAAGUGUUUCCUGCCGGAGGAGAGCACAGUGAUCGGGGUUUACUGCUCGGCCGGCGCCUGCAUGCUGCUGCUCUUCCUCGCUCACUGUAUGUGGAUGAAAGGCAUGCUGCAGUGUCUCAGCCUCUGCCUGCUGGGCAAGCACAAGUCCCUGUGAACUGCAUUACCCAGAGUGCACCACGCUCCAGCAUUGAGCCAUGAAGUUGCUAGAGUUUGGUAGAUAUUUUAUGUGAGGAUUUUGCAGAAAUGUGACGUCUUGUCCUCCUCCUCAGAACGGGUCAAAAUCUGUUUCUCACACCUGGAUUUAUCCGUCCAAACAUUUAGCGGUACUGUGAAGAACUGGAGUUUAUAUUUUAGAGAAUUUUAACAGACUCAAAGUUUUAACCUUAGGAGGAUUAUGUGAUUAUCAGGAAACAGGAGAGUGCCAAAUUGUUGCAAACCAUCUCUGGUGUUUGUUUACCUUGCUUAGGAGUGCCAAACCAGCAGAGCUUGAGGAGAUUAAAUCACAGAAAAGUAACUGUCACUGAUUUUACAAACGUUUUUCUGUGUUUUGUGGCAUUAAAAGAGGCAGAUCAAACCAGAACAUUUGUAAAUAGUAUCUGUCCCUGUCUGAUUUAAGGUGGUAAAGUCAGACUUUGUUUCUGUCUCUUCACUGAUGUUUACUGUGACCUGAUGUGAACACGCACUCUGUUUCUGUUGUUGAUGUCUGACAAUCCAUCCAGGUUCCUUGUUGUUUUUAUGAUGCAUAUCUGAGUAUAUUUAAAGCUGACUUUCUGUGCCAAAUGUUUGUGAGGGUUUUUUGCCAAACUUGUUAAAAUGUUUAUGAUGAACUGUAAAUAAUGAAUCAGAAUCUCAAAUUCUGUUUUUAGAGCGUUACGGUGUCAACUAGAGGUUGAUGUGCACAAAGACUCAGUAAACUCACUGGAUCACUUUAAAAUGAAACUCUAAAUGUUAUGGGAUGUUUGAGUCUACACCUGACUUUUAAAGAUUUAAUAAUGGUGGCUGAAACUGGCACAAUGUUGUGGUUUUGAAAUAUAUGAAUGUGAUUUGAACACAGAUCAGUGUUUGCAAAUGAAAAACUGUCCAAUAAA